AAGCUUAUACCGUCAAGUAAGACUUUUAUAAUUCAGUUGACCUCCAUUCUUUCUUCUCUCUCCCAUACUCUGGACACCUAUAGAAACAACCAACGCAAACCAGCAACAUCCACUCCCACCAGCUAAACAGAACAUCACCUUAGUUUUAAGAUUCUUCAUAAUAUCACCAAAUUAUCCCACACUUUAAUCAUUUUUUCUUUAGUUUACAGUUCAACCUCAACCUACCGGUGAAGUUUCCUCUUCUUGUCGGAUCAUUUGUUUAAUAAUCCUUUAAUUAAUAUAUAAAAUUAAUACAUAGCUAAUUGUUGAAAUUCGUUAGUUGAGCUCUCGAAAUCGCACGUCUUUUUCUAUGGUUUCGGUUAGUUGACUCCAUUUUUAAGCAAUAUUAUUCAUUUUGCUUUAUGGGUUGUUCUUCCUUUUGCUUCAUUUCCUGUAAUCAGCAGCCGAGUUGGGGCGUCGGAAUCGUUCCGAUUUUCCGAUUCUGAGGACGAAUUUCAUGGCGGAAUGCUCGAAUUUCGAAUUGGGUAUGUUGGGUUUUCGAAGAAAGUGGAAAUUAGGGUUUGUCACCAAAGCUUUAUUGGGAUUAUUCGUGGUUUUUGCGCUUUUUGGACCGGCUACGAGUUUGAGACCCUUGAGAGAGCGAGCGAGGUCUUGGGGAGAUGAGUGGCUCUUUGUCAAAAAAGAAGACAGCAAUAUGGCACCCUUUUCUAGCUGGAACAUUAGUGGAACCUACAGAGGUACUUGGAAUUUUUUGGAGUCUGCAAAUUUCUCAUCCAGAUUUCCAGAUUUUAAGAGAUCAGAUGGAAACUCUGUAAUUGAGUUGAUGAGUACCCCAACAAAAAUAACUGGUGUACAUUAUGUUCAGGGAGUUAUUAUAUUUCAUGAUGCUUUUGAUGAUGAUCAUGAAGAAGGUGGUGCUCAAAUUCGGGUAGAAGGUGUAUAUAUCUGGCCAUUUAGGCAACUAAGAAUGGUGGCAAACAGUUUCUUGUGCAGUGGAAAAGAUGGCGAGUUUGGUCCAGAAGAAGACUACCUGUUAUCUAAUCCAUAUCAUUUGCUUGGAGUUUUCUCAUCACAAGUAUUUCAAGAUUCACCACGUGAUAAAAUUUGGAGAAGAAAAAAAUCUCAAGUUCAUGACAUAGAGAAACACUGCAAUAUUGAAAUUGCAGCUCAAGUUUCACGUGUUGCUUCCUUGCAAAAUGAUGGAGAUCAUGAUCGGUAUCAUAUAGAGGGAUUAAUGGAAUCUCCAUCAGCAGACGAAGAUGGAGACUGCUUUUCUCCAUUAUUGCUGAAUGCUACCUCUGUCAAUAUAGAGGUCUAUUACAACAAAGCUGUCAACUAUACACUGAUGGUUACCUUUGUGUCUUUUCUCCAAGUUCUUUUACUGAUUAGACAAAUGGAGCAUAGCAAUACCCAAUCUGGGGCUGCCAAAGUUUCUAUAUUAAUGAUUGGUCAACAGGCUAUUAUGGAUGCUUAUUUCUGUCUUCUACAUCUGACAGCUGGAAUACUAGUAGAAUCCCUGUUUAAUGCUUUUGCAACUGCUGCCUUCUUCAAGUUUGUUGUGUUCUCUAUAUUUGAGAUGCGUUACCUCUUGGCAAUAUGGAAGGCAAGUAGACCGGCAAACAGUGGCGAAGGCUGGGAAGCCAUGAGACGUGAAUUAUCACUACUGUACAGCCGAUUUUAUGGUAUAUUGUUGGGAGGCAUUCUGAUUAUGUACGAAUUCCAUAAUUUUCUGCGAGUUAUCCUUCUGCUUAUGUAUUCUUUUUGGAUACCUCAAAUUGUUACCAACGUCAUUCGUGAUUCAAGAAAACCGCUUCACCCACAUUACAUCAUAGGCAUGACCCUUACUCGAUUAGCAAUUCCAUUGUAUGUAUUUGGCUGCCGUAACAACUUUAUGCGAAUUGGGCCUGAUAAGAACUGGUGUAUAUGCUUGUGCUCAUUCAUGGGGCUUCAGGCUCUGCUCCUUCUACUUCAACACUACCUUGGUUCACGAUGUUUUAUACCUCGUCAGAUCCUACCGGAGAAGUACAGUUACUAUAGACGGUUCAAUCAAGAUGCAAAUCGUACCACUGAUUGUGUCAUUUGCAUGACUGCCAUUGAUAUCUCUGAGCACUCUAAUGACUGCAUGGUGACCCCUUGUGAUCAUUUCUUCCAUUCUGGAUGUUUACAAAGGUGGAUGGACAUAAAAAUGGAAUGUCCAACAUGUCGUCGGUCCUUACCGCCUGCUUAACAACAUAAUUCCACUUAGUUGUAGAACAGACCCAUGGAUUUUGCCACAGGCUUUACAAAAAUAAAGCAAUUCAUGUUUCCAGAUGUGUUGGGGGUGACAACUUUAUUUUCCAAGUCCACCUGACAAAAGGAUGGUGAGAGAAACAACUGUCAUUUAACAGUAACAGAGGAGGGCUUAUAGCCCAAGUAUUAUUCAUGUAUAUUAUUUUUUGUAUAUUAUUUACACUACAGGUUUUCGGAAAAAUAGAAUACAUGUUAAAUGUAGUUAUGUUAAUGAAUGAAAUUAACGUUAGAUGUGUAUAAAUUUUGCAAAGUAAUUUGCAGUAUUAUAUUCUUGGUACA